AUGUCUCUUCGUAUGGUGACGAAACGUUUGCAAGUCAAUUGCCAAGCUCGGCGAACAGAUCAACAGCCACCAUUAAACUCACCCGAGCUACCAAUUUUUCGACACAUUACGAAGAUGAUGAAAAUCGUGGUUGUUAGUCUGUUCGCCGUGCUUGGUAGUUGGAUUGCAAACGUUUCAUCACCAAUCGGGGUGACAUCGUCGGUGCAGGGUUGA